AGUGUAGAUAUGUCUGCUGCUGCCAGCUGUCUGCUGACUGAAGAUCAGUUUCUGUGCUCCAUCUGUCUGGAUGUGUUCACUGAUCCAGUCACCAUACCAUGUGGACACAACUUCUGCAAAACCUGCAUCACUAAACACUGGGAUAUUAAUGUCCCCUAUCAGUGUCCCAACUGUAAAAAGGUUUUCUACACAAGACCUGAGCUGCAGGUGAAUACUUUCAUCUCUGAGAUGGCUGCUCAGUUCAGACAGUCAGCUCAACAGAAAGCCAGCAGCAGCAGCAGCUCAGAGCAGCAAGUUUCUGAACCAGAAGUUCCCUGUGACGUCUGCACUGGAACCAAACUGAAGGCCCUGAAGUCCUGCCUGGUGUGUCUGGAGUCCUACUGUGAGACUCAUCUACAGCGCCAUCUGACAGCGUCAGGCCUGAAAAGACAUCAGCUGAUUGACCCUGUGGAGAACCUGGAAGGCAGGAUGUGUCCGAAGCACGAUAAACUGCUGGAGCUGUCCUGUAAGACCGACCAGAUGUGUGUCUGCAUCCUCUGCACUGUUUUAGACCACAAGACACAUGAUGUUGUUUCUCUGAAAGAAGGAUAUGAAGGAAAGAAGGCUAAGCUUGAGGGUGAAAUUCAGCAGAUGAUCCAGAAGAGACGACUGAAGAUUGAGGAGAUCAAACACUCAGUGGAGCUCAGUAAGGAAGAUGCAGACAGAGAGACAGCAGAUGGUGUUCAGGUCUUCACCGCUCUGAAGGAGUUUGUUGAGAGAAGCCAGGCCGAGCUCAUCGACACGAUCAAAGAGAAGCAGAGAAAGACAGAGAAACAGGCUGAAGGCUUCAUCAAAGAGCUGGAACAGGAAAUCUCUGAGCUGAAGAAGAGAAGCACUGAGGUGGAGCAGCUCCUACAGUCUGAAGACCACCUCCACCUCCCCCAAAGCUUCACCUCUCUGAACGCUGCUCCACCCAUCAAAGACUGGACAGAAGUCAGCGUCCGUCCAUCUUCAUAUGAGGGGACUGUGGUGAGAGCUGUGAAUCAGCUGGAGGAGACGCUCAGUAAACAGAUGAAGAAGCUGCUUGCUGAGGCUGAGCUGAAGAGGGUCCAGCAGUCUGCAGUGGAUCUGACACUCGAUCCUGAUACAGCAAAUCCCUGGCUCAUCCUGUCUGAUGAUGGAAAACAAGUUAGCUGUGGUAAUGUAAAGAAAAAUCUCCCAGACAACCCAGAGAGAUUUACUUGUUAUGGUAAUGUGUUCUCAAAGCAGAGUUUCUCUUCAGGAAGAUUUUACUACGAGGUUCAGGUUAAAGGGAAGACUGAGUGGGGUUUAGGAGUGGCCAGAGAGUCGAUCAACAGGAAGGGACUCAUCACACUGGAACCUCAGAAUGGUUACUGGACAAUAUGGCUGAGGAAUGAAAAUGAGUACAAAGCUGGUGCUGGCCCUUCAGUCCGUCUCUCUCUGAAGUCUCGGCCUGAGAAGGUGGGGGUGUUUGUGGAUUAUGAGGAGGGUCUGGUCUCCUUUUAUGAUGUUGAUGCUGCAGCUCUUAUCUACUCCUUUACUGGCUGCUUCUUCACUGAGAAACUCUACCUAUACUUCAGUCCAUGUAAUAACAAUGCUGGUAAAAACUCUGCCCCUCUGGUCAUCUGUCCUGUCAAUAGCACUGAUUAGAACAACCGUUUGAUUUUCUACAGAAGACAACAGAUUUUAAGACAAUGAUAGACUAGAUUAGAAAAUAUGAAAUGUACUUUAAUGAAUGUAUUACCUGCCUUCAAGACUGCUCAAUCAUCAGAACAAUGGACUUUUACCAUUUUAAAUUAAAUAACAAAUUAAGAGAUCUCUUUCUAGAACGUUUUCUGGGGUAAAUUUUGUACAUAUUUAUUAGUACAUUAUUAUUAGUUUUGCACAUCAGAGAAAA